AUGGGACACGAUCGCAGUGAAGUCGCUUCGAAAUGGCGGCGAUGGCAGCGCCGAAUCCAGAAUCGAAUCACCACGCGGCUCGUGCUUGUGUGUGGCGCUGUGAUUGGUGUCGUACUCUGCCUACUAUUGCUUGCACAACCGCUGCGACCGGCUGGAUGGCAGACGGCGAACAGCAAGGCGGCCAUGCUCGACUUGUUUGAAUGCUUCCCAAGAAAUGGACUCUUGUUGGUCGAUCCGGGUGUUCUGGCGCGCAUCCGAGCGCAGGAAGGCAAGCCGAGUUUGACGCUGCCCGCCAACUUGAACGACGGCGACACUCUGGAGCUCGCCAUGCCGGCGGAGCUGUGGAAGAGCAAAGACAACGAGUAUGCGUUCAGCCAGCUGGAAUUUCUGGACGAGCAGCACUCCAGCAGCAACCAGACUGCCGAGUUGGACCAGGAUGCGUACCGCCAGUGGCUCCAAUCACGGUGGCCGGUAGCGGCGCACGCGGCAGCGUCCGAGUCCUUCCUCGCCAAGAUUGUCAAGUGCGGGAGGUUUAGCGUUCGAGCGUUUUUGGUCGAGUCGGACGAGUUGGCGACCGGGGCGCGAAGCGUGCAUGCGGUGCAGGCAAUCGAUGAAAGCUUGAAGAGCAAUCCAGGCGCCAAUCCGGGUGGGUUUCUCCAGGAUUGGGUGGGGGAAAUUGCUGGGCGGCAGGCCAAGCAAAACUUGUUUGAUGACGAGGGAGCAGCAGGACCCGGCUUCGUGGAAGACGAGAAGCCCGGAGUGCACGUCCUGCCAAAGUUCCGCCGUUCAGUGCUGGCAGUGUUGCUCGAUCACACCACAUCACAUGCGGCGGCGCCGCACAAUGGGGACAAGAUAGCGGUCGGCUUGUCUUCCGACGCAAACCACGUUCGUGUGAUUGUGUACCUGAUCCACCGACGCGGAACCGACCAUGCGCUGUUUGCGCGACUCAUGGUGCCAGUGAACUCGGCUGCCGAAAACCAACUCAUCUCCCGCGCAAGGCACGACUUUGGCCUGCGCUACUUUGUGCAGCAGGCCGAGCAAGCCAAGCUCCGCGGCAUUCCUGUUGCUGCGGACGAUGCUUUUCGGAUGGGCAAUCGCCCCAAAAUCAACCCGCUCUUCAUCGAUGGCCAUGCCUAUCUUGGGUAUCAGCAGAUUUCUUUGGAUACGACCGACCUGGCCGUCGUAUCGCGCCACGUGGACGGUGUGCGCAUCACGCACCCUUUGCACAUUUCAAAGUUUCUCGAUCAGCUGCAACAUUCGCGUUUUGUCGAGUGUGACCAGGCGCGUGCGCGCCGAUUCAUGCUCGACUACGGCGCAGCCAUCGAAAAGUUUGAAGAUACAGCCAUGGAAACUGGUCGCGGUAUGGAUCGGGACGAGUUUCGAGAGCGGUCUCGCGAAAUGAUCGACAUGGUGACGGCUGCGCUCUCGCCUCUGGGCGUUACGUGGUGGCUCAACUCUGGUACACUGCUGGGGUGGUACCGGCAGUGCGAUGUUCUUGCCUACGGCUUGGACUUUGACAUUGGGGUGCCCAUCGAACAUUUCAGUGAGGGCAUGGUUGACGCCCUUGUCAGCCACGGCUUUCAGCUCAAGCAUCGGCUGGGCUUGCCAUCGUGGGGCCUCGAAAUCUCUUUCGUCUAUGGCAAGAUUAAGCUCGAUGUAUUCUUCUACUAUCGAGAGGGCGACAAAAUGUGGAAUGGCGGCACCCAAGUCCGCAACGGCCAGAAGCUAAAGUACACCUUCCCCAUCAUCCAUCCCUGCUGGACGGAAUACCUCGACCGCCGCGUGCGUGUUCCUUGCAACACCCUGGCCCACGUCACGUCCAACUACGGGCCCAACUGGGAUAAACCAAAGAACGUCUGGAAAUGGCGCGUCGACCCUCCGAACGUGAUUGACGCCGGCACCUGGACGGCCGACGAAAUGAAGGAAGCUGUGCAGAUCUUUAUUGGAGGAGCAUGA